CAAAUCUACAGAUUACAUUUCCCGGACAUUGUUGAAGAACAUGAUAUUUAGCUCAGAUAUGUGUUAGUCGCAUGAACCAAUGAGCGUUUGUUUUUCUCGUCACGUGUUCGAGAGAAACCGGGAGAACGGGUUCAUCAUGGCGCCGCUCAUCAGAACACGACAGACAGAGAAAUCAAUCAGUGGGAUCUCGACUCAAGUGGUUUGCACAGAGUUCAGUAACUACAUCUUCAUCGUGCUUACGCAGUACGGGAAGAUCGGGACGCUGGUCUCCCUGUCGCCCGACUCGAGAUCCAGCGACAUCAGCACGACCGUCCUCACUACCAAAGUGCUGCUCGGAAAAGACGAGGCUCUUACACAUGUCUAUGCAAAAAACCUUGCAGCAUUUGUUUGCCAGGAAGCAGGAAAUCGCCCGGUCCUUUUGGGACUCGCUCUUAAAGACUGCAGCGCUGAAAAUCUGAAAACGCUCAAAGAAAUGAUCAAAAGCUGCCAAGUUUGGUGACCGAGAGAAUUUGUGUCACAAAGUGAUGCCUCGUCAUGAAUUUAUCACCAUUUUUUAUUACCUUGUGUAUUUAUGUGUAGAUUUCUGACAUCCUUGUUGAUCAUAUCUUUUUCAUUAUUGCUUAAAUAAAUUCAUUCUUUUUUAUUAA